AGGAAGUGUUCCGGAAGUGGACGCGUCACCGAAGGAACCGAAGGAGACGGAGCUACGGAGAGAAAAUGAACCCGACAAGGCGACAAUUAUCCUCGUUCGCGUCGUUAAUACACCAGUCUAAUGAAGUCACCAAGCUACUCAGCCUCCGGUGAUCGGUAAACGGCUCUUCAGGACCUCGCUGUUUGUUUGGAUCGUCCUGCAGAAGAGCUCGUCUGGGGGGGAGGGGGCGGAGCUACAGGGGUCAUGCGUCAGGUGUGAGGCUGAUUCUCUGCAGACUCACUGAGGACGAGGCGAUGAAGCUGAAGCAGCGUAUGGUGCUUCUGUGUGUGGUUCUGCUCCUGCUGGGCCUGGCUAAGAUCUUCCUGCUGGAUGGAGGCGACGGCUCGGUGGCCAGCCGCCGCGACCUCAGAGCGUUUCGAAAGAUGGAGGCGGGGCUCUCUCUGGCCCGGGGGGCUCACCUCACACACACCCUACAGUCCCCGUGGGAGAUAGCCAGCCAAUGGGUGGGCCCCAGGGAGGUGUACCCCGAAGAGACCCCCGAGCUGGCCGCCGUGCUCACCUACCUCAGCACCGCCCGCGUAGAGCGGGCCGAUGUGGGCUACAAGGGCACGCAGCUCAAGGCCCUGCUGGUCCUCGAGGGGGGGCAGAAAGUGGUCUUCAAGCCCAAGAGGUACAACAGAGACUACGUGGUGGAGGGAGAACCGUACGCAGGCUACGACCGGCACAACGCAGAGGUGGCUGCUUUCCACCUGGACAGGAUCCUGGGCUUCAGGAGAGCUCCCCUAGUGGUCGGGAGGAACAUCAACGUGCGGACGGAGAUCAAACCUGUGGCCACGGACCAGCUGCUGGGCACCUUCCUCAUGCAGGGUAACAACACCUGUUUCUAUGGGAAGUGUUACUACUGCCGUGAGAGCGAGCCGGCCUGUGCCGAGGCGGAGGUCAUGGAGGGGUCGUUGACCCUCUGGCUGCCGGACGUCUGGCCGCUGCAGAAGCACCGACAUCCGUGGGGACGGACGUACCGGGAGGGGAAGCUGGCCAGGUGGGAGUACGAUGAGAGCUACUGUGAAGCUGUGAAGAAGAUGCCUCCUUACGACGCCGGGCCGCGGCUGCUCGACGUCAUCGACACGGCCAUCUUUGAUUACCUCAUCGGGAACGCCGACCGGCAUCACUACGAGAGCUUCCAGGACGACGGCGGCGCCAGCAUGCUCAUCCUGCUGGACAACGCCAAGAGCUUUGGGAACGCCGCUCUGGAUGAGCGGAGCAUCCUGGCGCCGCUUUACCAGUGCUGCAUGGUCCGCGUCUCCACCUGGAACCGGCUGAACAUGCUGAGGGGCGGAGCUCUGAGUGCCGACAUGCGCCAGGCGCUGGCUUUCGACCCGAUCCAGCCGGUGCUGGCCGAGCCUCACCUGGCGGCUCUGGACCGGCGCCUCUCGGGCGUCAUGGCGACGGUGAAGCAGUGCAUAGAGGCCCAGGGACCUGACAACACGCUGAUAGAGGACCGGAUGAACCUGCCACACCCCUAGAGACCAGGACCCAGAGUGGAACUGGAACUGUGUCACUCUACAGAGACCUUACUGGUCCAAACAAACGUUUCCUCAGGACGGUUUCUCCUCCUCCACCUGAGGACGGGUGGAGCUGCGAGAGAUGUAGAAGCUCAGAGGAGCAGGAGACAAGGCUCCAACACCUCCCGUUCAGACCCUGGCCGGGUCUACUGAGCUGAAGACCAGGUUCCUGGUGGUCCUUGUGGGAGAGGAGAACCAACUGGUUCCACCUCCGUCAGUGUGUAUAUAUUUAACUAAGAAGAGAAUCAAGAGACAAAAGAACAUUUGUGGAUAAUGUUACUGUGUGUGUGCGCGUGUGUGCGCGUGCGUGCGUGUGUGCGUGUGCGCACAGGGUUCCUCUUUACCUGCUCUCACCAUUAAACUGAUCUAACGCGU